GUUGAUGGGCUCGUUUACCUAAUGCAUCAAUAGCAGUGAGCUCUUCUGCCCUCUAUAAAUAGCCUCCCUUCAUCAUCCCAAGUAGCAAAAAACACCAAGCAAAACAACCCACAAAACAGCACUCAUAAUCAUGGCAGCCAUCUACUUCACUUUGCUUAUGAUCCUAGGGUUUCUUGCCAUUCCAGCUGAACCCAGAACUUUCCCAGGUGACCAAAGGGCUGUAGUGAUAAUCUACGAGAGGAGCUCUUCAUCGUCAAGCCUGCAGCUUGACUUGUCGGCCAUAAUCUCCGCCAUCAGCCACCAUGAAGAGAAUAAUAUUGAUGAAGUGGAGGCCCCAAUCCCCAGGCCUUCGCCUCCAUCUCCGACGCCGGCAUCCCCCAUUUCUGAGUUUACGUCCAUGGCGCCGGCCGAAGGAUGUGAUGACACUAACGGUGACGGCUGCCUAUCGAUGGUAACGGCCGGCAAAGUGCCACCUAAGAAACCGGCGCCGCCGGCCCCCAAGCCAGCCACCCCUACCCAACCCAUUAUGUAAUCAACCUAGCUAGCUAGCUCCCAUGCAUGCAUUGCAUGCGCUUGCUUUAGCUGAUAAUUAGCUUUAUCUAUCUAUGCUUUCUCUUUUUCGUGCAUGUAUGUUUCGUGUUUAAUUUGUGUGUAGUAGUAGUAGUCAGUUGGGAAGAUUUUCAGCUGUACGGAUGUAACCAAUUAGUAGUUAAUCAGUCUCCUAAGCCAUGGGACUACACAUGGCAACUUUCAUUAGUACUAAAGCUAGCUAGCGUGCCUUUGUAAUGGCUAUCCAUAAUCCUAAUGUCUCUAUAUAUUUCUGUGUACGUACGAUAUGUUCGUGUCCUUGAAAGUUCUUAGCACCAAUCAUGGUUAGAGCGUCAGUUUGUUAUUGGUGGACUCGUCUACCUUUUUUCUUAAUCUUUAAUGUUCUUAAUUAUGCUAAA